AUGUCGUCGUCCGAUGGCGCUCCGGAGUCAUGGAUCUCCUCGUUUUGCCAGCUUAUGGGUCACGAGUUUUUCGCGGAGGUCUCGGAAGAUUUUAUUGAAGACGACUUUAAUCUGACCGGGCUGCAGUCUCAGGUGCCGAUGUACAAGGAAGCCUUGGAAAUGAUACUGGACGUGGAGCCUGAAGAGGAUGAAGAGGAGGAGGAAGAGGAGGAAGAGGAGGAAGAUGAGGAUGAGAUACUUGGUGAUGAGAAGCCGCCCGGUUACCGAAGAGAGCGAAGACACACAAGGGUUGCAAGCGACCUGAGUAUGAUCGAGACCUCUGCAGAGCUGCUUUACGGUUUGAUCCACCAACGGUACAUCACUUCACGUCCCGGUAUCCAGCAGAUGCUAGAGAAGUACGAGUUGCAACAUUUCGGAGUCUGCCCGCGAGUGCACUGCAAUGGGUGCAAAGUGCUUCCUGUGGGCCGUUCCGACACGCCAGGCCAAGAGACCGUGAAGCUCUUCUGUCCUAGCUGCCAGGACCUGUAUACGCCUCCCAACAGCCGAUUUCACUCGGUCGAUGGUGCUUUCUUCGGCACCACAUUCGGCUGUUUGUUCUUCAUGACGUUCCCCGAUUUGGAGAUUGGACCCCGUUUUGAUGCGCCCUUGUCAAACAUAUCACCACCGCGCUCAGCCUCUUUGCCUUCGACUGCCACGACGACCACGACCACGACAACUACUUCAGCGGGCGCUAGCAAUCAAGUUACAUCUGAUACACCCCGUCCUGUAUACCCCGUAGAGCUCAAUGGCGUGCGGACGGUCAACUUCUGCCCUGGCCUCGGAGAAGGUAGGGUAUACGAAUCGCGCAUCUACGGUUUUCGAGUUUCAGAGCGGUCUCGGGCUGGCCCGCGUAUGAAGUGGUUACGAAUGAAGCCAGCAGAUAUCACCGAGCUGGACGAAAUGUCUCGAUUUAAAGCACUACAGAACUACGAUGACGACGGCGACGCAGAUAUGGGAGAAGAUAAUGCACAAAACGCGAACUCGGCUAUUGCGCAACGGAAAAAGGCCCCAAUGCGGCGGCGACGAUACAACCCAGACCAGAUGAACAUAAACGGGGUGGACGGCUGAUUUAUUUAUUACUUUUCGAUUACUGUGCUACUUAACAUACAGCUUCUUUCCCUACAAAGUACCUUCCAACACAGUUCUACUCAGUGACCUUCCUUUCUUGCAUACUUAUUACUCAUUCAAUGUUUCUGGGCUUUUAGCCUGCAUCAAGGCGCCUUGCGUUAAUUUAUACCUUAAUCAGUCAAUACAUGGACA